AUGGCGUACAAUGGACCAGUUAACAACACUGACGCUAGGAGGAGUGAAAGGAUAGUGAAUCAGAAUAAGAACUCAGUUGCUACCAACAAUAAUGGAGCAAACCCGAAUGAAACACAGAAAGAGGUGGUAAAGAAUGUCAAGCAGCCAAGAAAACUGUCAAUCGCCUUCAUUAUCACAGUGAUCAUCCUACUGCCAGCAAACAUAGCCUUGAUUAUUUGGAAUACUCAGUUGUCAAAUAACCUGAAUCAGUCGAUUCAGACUCUUGGAGAAAAAGAUAAGAAAUCUGCGGACCUUAACAUUAGUUAUGGAAACUUCACUAAUGAACUGAAAGAAAUCAAGGGAAAUUUUUACAAACUCAUCAACGACAUUCAAUCUGUGUGCGAAGGAAAAGAUCUUCCUGAUUUAAAAAUACCUGAUACUUUGUUGUCACGUAACCUGCAUCAGUCUAUUCUGAAUCUUGCAAGAAAACAAAAGAACUGUGUAGACCUUAACAUUAGUUCUGGAAACCUUAAUACAGAACUGCAAGAAAACAAGAGAAAUUUUGCCAAACUUGUCAAUAACAUUCAAUCUGUGUGUGAAGGAAAAGAACUUCAUGAUUUAAUAAUACGUGAUAGUUUGUUGUCAAGAAACCUGCAUGAGUCUAUUCAGAAUCUUGCAAAAAAAGGAACGCAGGUCAAGUGUUGCCCACCACAAUGGGAAUUGUUUAGACUACACUGUUACUACUUCUCUGCAGAGUCUAAAGACUGGUUUGAUGCCCAGGCUCAUUGCAAAAGUUUAUCAGCAGAUUUAGUGGUUAUUAAAAGUAAGGAAGAACAGGAAUUUACACAACUUGCACGAACGGACCAUAGCAGAUUUUAUUGGAUUGGAAUGACAGACAAGGAUACAGAAGGAUCAUGGAGAUGGGUGGAUGGGACUCCUUGCAAUUCUGCAAGUGGUAAUCCAGUGUUUUGGCACAGUAAUCAGCCCAAUAACAUUGGCAAUGAAGACUGUGCUGUAAUGUAUCCUGAUGCAACAUGGCAUGAUUACAGCUGUAGUGACAAAUAUAGAUGGAUCUGUGAAAAAACAGCCAACACUUGUUCUUUUAAAGGAGAAUUUUAAAGACAGCAAUAAAGAUUUGAUUUGGAAACUCUCAUAGUUGAGCUUCGGCUCAACAGUAUAAAGAUAUGUUAGACAAUACAUGUGUAUGUUAUCUUGUUUUGCCAGUGAAAGUAAUAUGAAUAGCAUUUAUGACAUGCAUUCUAUCUUCAUAGUUCUGAACCCCUAGUAAUACUUGAUAUAGUGGUGCUUCUGACUUUACUAAUAACGUUUUUGUAUAUUUGUUCUAAUAUCAGAAAUAAUAAGCUAACAUUCAUAGGUUCAUAGGUAGGUACUAGGUUAUCGGCCCAAGGGCCUACAUAAGCCUAGCCAGCAAGGUUC